AGACAGUCCGGGAAUAUAAAGCCUUUGUCCGGCUUUUCCAAAUUAUUUCUGAGCUACGCCGUUACUUUCCAGAUUUAUCUGAGAACGUCUCGCACAAUUUGAAACAAUGAGGGAGAUUGUUCAUAUCCAGGCCGGUCAGUGCGGAAACCAAAUCGGUGCCAAGUUCUGGGAGGUCAUUAGUGAUGAACAUGGAAUCGACCCAACAGGAACCUAUCAUGGAGACAGUGACCUGCAGCUGGAUAGAAUUAGUGUCUACUACAAUGAAGCAACAGGAGGUAAAUAUGUGCCAAGAGCUAUUCUAGUGGAUCUUGAGCCUGGGACCAUGGACUCUGUGCGUUCAGGACCCUUCGGACAGAUCUUCAGACCAGACAACUUUGUGUUUGGACAGAGCGGCGCAGGUAACAACUGGGCCAAGGGCCACUACACGGAGGGGGCGGAGCUUGUGGAUUCGGUUUUGGAUGUGGUCCGUAAGGAGUCCGAAAGCUGUGACUGCCUGCAGGGUUUCCAGCUCACUCACUCCCUGGGUGGAGGAACCGGCUCUGGUAUGGGCACCCUAUUGAUCAGUAAAAUCCGUGAAGAGUACCCUGACCGCAUCAUGAACACCUUCAGCGUGGUCCCUUCCCCAAAAGUCUCUGACACCGUAGUGGAGCCAUACAAUGCCACACUGUCAGUCCAUCAGCUGGUGGAAAACACAGACGAAACAUACUGCAUAGACAAUGAAGCCUUAUACGAUAUCUGCUUCCGCACCCUCAAACUCACCACUCCCACAUACGGCGACCUCAACCAUCUGGUCUCUGCCACCAUGAGCGGCGUCACCACCUGCCUGCGCUUCCCCGGCCAGCUAAAUGCAGAUCUGCGGAAAUUAGCAGUCAACAUGGUUCCGUUCCCCCGUCUGCACUUCUUCAUGCCCGGUUUCGCCCCUCUGACCAGCCGAGGCAGCCAACAGUACCGCGCCCUCACCGUGCCUGAGCUCACACAGCAAGUGUUCGACGCCAAGAACAUGAUGGCAGCCUGCGAUCCCAGACACGGGCGCUACCUGACCGUCGCCGCCGUGUUCCGUGGCCGCAUGUCCAUGAAGGAAGUCGACGAGCAGAUGCUGAACGUCCAGAACAAGAACAGCAGCUACUUCGUGGAAUGGAUCCCCAACAACGUCAAAACCGCCGUGUGCGACAUUCCUCCUAGGGGUCUCAAAAUGGCCGUCACCUUCAUCGGCAACAGCACGGCCAUCCAAGAGCUGUUCAAGCGCAUCUCCGAGCAGUUCACGGCCAUGUUCAGGCGUAAGGCUUUCCUGCACUGGUACACGGGAGAGGGGAUGGAUGAGAUGGAGUUCACAGAGGCGGAGAGCAACAUGAAUGAUUUAGUGUCCGAGUACCAGCAGUACCAGGACGCCACCGCCGAAGAAGAGGGCGAGUUUGAGGAAGAGGCAGAUGAUGAUGCUUAAGAAGGAAAUGAAAGGGUGUUUGGGGGGGGGGAAUAGUGUGUUCAAGUAAAUGUAGGAAAACAUGGCAACAACUUUUAGUGUCUCAAUCAGAUGAAGUAGGAAUUAGCGCUAGACCAAUGGGGCCAAAAAUAACCAGAGGAAGGCAGAAAGAAUGUUCUUAAACACAGAAUAGGUGGAUAACCGGGUUUACAAUUACAAAUUGCUCACUUUUUUGUGUAUUUCUUUACUAUUCUGAUGGUCAGCUCAGCUGCUCUCUUUACAGAAAAAGGAAGAAAAAAAAGGCAAAAAUCCAGUUAGAAUCAAUGUUAUAAUUGAAUAGAUGGUAGGGACAAGGAGGACAGUAACAUCUAAUUUUUCUUUACUUUUAACAUUUGCUUCUUUUUGUCUGCAAAUUAUGCAUAUUAUUAUUAUUAUUAUGGUGUUUUUUGUGUUUUCUUUUGUUACUAUUGCACUAGAACAGGGCAACUCUGUGAGAUUAUGGCACUUCAACGUGACCUCAAUGGGUCUGAUCACAGUAUUUAAAGAAAUGUUUCGAAGAGAAAAGUAUGUUGUGUGAAAAAUGAAGGAAAAGAAAA